AUGCAUUUAAUUUUCUCAUUAUUCGUCUUAUUAUAUACACUACUUCCUUUCUGUUCUUGUGCAUUAACCAAUGGUAUUGUUCCAGUACAAUGGCAUGAUCAACAGCGUCCUAUUCUUGAUCGAAUUCUAUAUGCUAACACAAAAAUUAACUUCAGAGUCAUUUGUCGAACACCGACAAUGAAUGAUACAAAUGCAAUUAUACAUGGGAAGAAAAAACCAGCUAAGAGUAUAGAUCAAGACUAUCCCGAUUUAAACAUCGAAAUUAGGGGUCGUAUUGGUCGUGUGGUUUCUUGUUUACCAUUGACGCCUGAAUUUUCACUAACGUCUUCUGGUCCGAGUAAUGCAGAUACUGAUGCACAAGUGGAGGAUAAAAGAUAUAAGAAUGUAUGGGAUAAAAUGCAAGUAAAAGACUUUACGAUUGUUCAGAAAGGCUGUGAUCCUGAUGGAAGAACUGUUCAAUUGACACAAGCGGCCAACUAUACAGAACCGGCAAUCCUAGAACAAACAUCACCGCCAAAAGAAAAGAAAUCUGAAACAGAAAAGAAAAGUAAAGAGCAACCAAGCAAUCGUCGUCGACGUGCCGCAAAUGGAACACCGUUAGAAGUAGCAGUUUCUAAAAUUGAUGUAAAUACUCUGGUGACGUGGGGUGAUGGAUUUUAUAUAAUUGAUUUUGAUCAACCGACAUUAAAAUCUACUGGGGAUAGGAAUCCAGAUAUCGAUUUAAUAGUAUCAAUGAAAUCAAAACAUGGUUAUUUAUCGGGCAAGCGUGAAUUAUUAAAAAUUCAAUUUUGGAUUGGUGGUGUUAUUCUCAUUGGAAUGUUCGAAAAAUCUGCAUUUCUCGCUGAAUAUGAUACAACAAAUCGUUAUGGUUACACCAUGAAAUAUGCCGUCAUAACUGCCGAAAUUCUUUCGUGUUUAAAACGUACUGUAUCUCGAAUGUUAGUCGUUAUUGUUGCACUUGGUUUUGGCAUUGUUAAACCACGAUUAGGUCCACUCAAACAAAAAGUGAUUGGAAUGGCUUUACUUUACUUUGCAAUUGCUGCCACCGAAUCAUUCUUACGUUUGUACUCCAAACACGACGAAACAAGCAAAAAUGUAUUAAUAUCACGUAUACCGUUGGCUGUAGUGGAUGCAACUAUUUAUUAUUGGAUCUUUACGGGUUUGGUACGAACAACACGUACUUUACGUGUGCGAAAAAAUGUGGUAAAACUUAAUGUUUAUCGUCAUUUUACAAAUACAAUAUUAUUUGCAAUUGUUGCGUCAAUUUUAUUUAUGAUAUGGUCAUUAAAAUCACAUCAGUUUGCCAAAUGUAUUACAGAUUGGAGAGAAUUCUGGGUUGAUGAUGCAUUUUGGCAUAUCUUAUUCUCUCUCUUAUUGCUUGUCAUUAUGAUAUUAUUUCGUCCAUCAAAUAAUAAUCAACGUUAUGCAUUUGUUCCUCUUUUGGACGACGAACAAGAUCAUGAUCCAGAUGAUAUGGAUGAUUUAGAUGAAGAAAAAGGUGAAGCAACUCUAUUUGAAACGGUUAAAUUACGAGGUAAACAGCAAGAAAAUGGAACACAAGUCAGUAGUGGUAAAAUGAAUAAAAAACAACAACAAAAUGCUGAAAGAAACUUAAAUGUUAAAGAAGAUAAAAGUAUCCAGGGACAAAAUGGUAUUGAUGAUGAAUUGACAUGGGUUGAAGAUAAUAUUCCAACAUCAAUUGCUGAUCAAGCACUACAAGCACUCGACUCAGAAGAUGAAAUUGUUAAUACAAAAUUAGAACGAUCGAAAAUGCAGUAG